CUCAUCGCGGGAAAGGAAAUUAGAGCAAACGAGUGAGAAGGGAAUUUGAUUAGUUUCUGUUUUCACUUGCAGAAAGGGAGGGCUACUUCUCCCCUCUUUCCUCCGCCGCCGGGAAAGCUACACUAAGUUCCGCCGCCGUGAAUUCAUCGGGAAAGGUACGUUCUGAAGGUCUCUUAUUGUGAUCUUUCGUUAAAUAUCCAUUUGUGCUCUUGAGCUCUGAAUCUCGCCCCCUCCGUCCAACGAGAAGUAGGAUUAGGGUUGGAAGAAUUUCAGUCGAUUGAUUGAUAGAAUUUUCUUCAUUUCUGGAGAACCUGAUCCGUGAAUGCUGUAAUUGGUUUAAUGAAGGUGCAGCUUAUGAGAGAUAAGCAUCGAAAUUCGUGAACUGGGUGGGUUGAUGGCUUAUGAGAUUUUGUAUUUGUUCAUACGCUGAAAAUGAUGGGGGUUGAAGUUGGAUUUUUAAAGUUUUGUUUCAUCCUCCUUAAAGUUUUGAUCUUUUGCUUUUUCAGAGUUAUGGCAAUGAACCAUAUAAGGUCCUUGAGGAGUGUGGUGAUUAGUAAAGAAGUAGUCAGAGUGAGAACAUUUGCUGCGGCAGGUGGUAAGGCAAAGAAGGGAUCGAAGGGUGGGGCUUCUGCAGAUGCACCAAAAGCUUCCAGUCUUAGUAAAGAAGUGAAGUCUUCGACGACAGUUGGUGCCAAUAUUCUAAAGGAUGGUACAGAUCCUAAAGUGAUGGCUGAUUCGGAUUACCCCGAUUGGCUAUGGCAUCUUCUCGAUAAGCGCCCAGCGUUGAGUGAGCUGAGAAGGAAGGAGAAAGAAUCACUGCCGUAUGAAGAUCUGAAGCGCUACUUCAAGCUGGAGACGCGGGCUGGCAUCAAAGAAAACAACUCUAUUAAGGCCAAGAAUUGAUGAAAAAUGGGAUUCGUAAAACAGGCGCUCGUGCUAUCACUAUAAAGGUCCAUUUCUUCUCCGGGAUUAGCUUCUGAUUUGAUUUUUUUGUAUGAGCUAUGAUUAUGAAAGAUUGAACUUGGGAGCUUUUUCAAUCUGAUGCGAGUCUUUUUUUUUUUUGUUAUCUCUUGAUUAUUGUUACGACCCAUGAACCUUGGCUGAAAGUGGUUCAUUAGUUGACUGGACAAUGCUGAAAUGCCUGGGUAGAAACUGUUUCUUUCACUCAACAAUUUCUCCUAGGUGAAAAGUGAGAAAGUUGUCAUGAUGCAUUACUACUUUGGGUAGACAUAUCUGUUUGUCUGCCCCAAACACUAAUCACCUAGUGCUUUUGUUUAAAGAUGGGAUGUCUUUGACAUUCUUUUCUAAAGUAAUUUCCAUCUGAACUGUUGCAUGAUUGAAUUGGUGUGGGAAUCAUUCUAGGUACCCACCAGCUAAGACUGCGAUAAUGUAUGCAACUUGAUAUGCGAGAAUCACAUGAUCUUGAUCUCUGCUGAUCAUAGUUUUUGACGCAACUACAGAACUGCAAGGUUCGUAGAACCUCUUCUGCUGUUAUUGGGUUACUGUCUUCUUCCUUUCUGUCAUUACUUUGCAUUUGCAACAUCUCAACCAGAAGGAAAUCAGCUGCAGAAGGUUCAUUGAACCAACAUUCCGUGUGGCCCAUGGGGGUUGACAAUGGCCAUUGAACUAGAAAGGCUUUGUGGAAGCCAGCUCCAAGCCAUAGCCUACUGUUCUUCCUUUUCCUUAACCCUUAUCAACUCUGAUCUCUCUACUACCCUUUGAGAUAUUCCAUAAGCCCUACUUGCUUUCCUCCUUUUUUCUGCUUUCUAUCAUCAUCUCAAUGGCCCUUGUGUCUACCAUGAAUGAGUGUACUACUGUUUUGGGGAAGUUUUUAUUCUUAAACAAUGUCUGAGCCUUUUGCUCUUUUGCCAUUGCUGUGACUGGAGUUUGAUUUGAGAUUGAGAAUGAUUUUAAUAAUAUCAGUAGUAAGGACUAAAGACAUGAAUGAUGAUGAGCAUGUUGUCUUGCUAACUUUUAUGAUUAGGUGGUUCUUGUUUAAAGUCACGCUGGCCCAAUUGCUUUCUUUCUUAUGAGUUACCAACUAAAAUAAUGAACUCUGCAACUGUGCUCCACAGGUCACCAGCUCUCUCUCACUCACUCAAUUUAUCGCAUUCAUGGUUUCUGGCUUGUUUGGGUCCUCAAUGUCUGGUACAACCUUCACCAUUUGGCUAUUGUCCUUGCCAUGAUUUCUUACCCUCAAGCUUUACCUAUUUUUAUGUCCUCAAUCAAGACCUUUAGUAAAAAAGCUAUCCACAGUUGUUAGGAUGGGACGAUGAUACAAUGGUUGUUAUAGUAGUCUAUAAGAAGUUUCAUACCUUCAUGAGAAGAAUUCGACUUAACUUUAACUUUAGGUUAUAAUCGUGAUUUGGGUACAAAAGUCACAUGAGAAUGCUUAUGUGUGAGAUAAAAGUAAAGAGAAAUACGAAAGAGCAAUCUUACAUGAGACAAAGAUUUAUGUAGUUUGACAAAUGUGGGUAAUGUUUUUCUCCGUUGCAAUGUCGCUUAAUUACGAUUAAGAAACUGUAUGGUUUUUUCUUUUAUACAAGUCUAGUAGUAGGAACCCAUUUUCUUUCAAUAGGUGAUGUGGGCCUUAGAUGCUAAGUUAGGUUGUGAUAGUGUGGUGACCCUAAGCCUAAACCAUACACCAACAUGUAAAAAUGAAGGCUGUCAAACCAUUAGGUUACAUCUCCCACUCACUCUCAUCUAAUUAGAGUUUAAGGCCAGCUUUACACGUUCAUGAGCUUUGAAAGAAAGGGAUACCCGACGAAACAAGGGAGUCCCAUGUCGUGAAAGGUCACUGUCUUAUCCUGCAAAGCAAAGAGGGCUGCUGAGUUAGAGAAGUACCAACAAUGGAGAGAAAGGGUGGGGGGAGCAUGAAAAGGAAAGAAGCAAAGGAGCAACUAUACUGAUAGAUAAAAGCUUUUUGGGGACAUAACAUGCAGCAUUAUUGGUAUUGAAAGCAUGGCAAUACCUACCUUCUAUACCGGCUUUUUUUUCAAUGUGGGAGGUUCCAGAACAAGCACAAACGAGAAGAGAGGAUUGAUAAAUAUUUGAUAGAAUAGCAAUGAGAAAAGAAGGAAGACAAGAAAGUGGUAAAACUGCCUCUCAUUCACAUGCCCCCACUCUUUACCUUUUUAAAUAGUAAUACCCACCUAAACUUGGUGCUUAAUGAUUAGUUUAGUUAGCGGGUGGAUAUUCCUAAACCCAACCAAAUGGAGAAUCAACCACAAAGAAGUAAAGAAAUAAUAGAGAGACCCCAAUAGAGAUCCGCCAAGAACAUGUUGAUUGCCAUCAUUGCAAUUGCAACUAUAUGUAGUUCAACAAAUCUUCACCAAUCCUAAUGCCAUGUGAAGCAACGAUCAUAUGUCUGGGAUUUCCAACUGGUCACUCAUUCACACACCAAAUAUUAUGGGCUACCAUAUUAGAUCGAGAGCAUAUCCAUUUUGUCAUUAUGAGUAGGGCUGGGAAACGGUGUGGUCUGGUCCAGACCAGACCAUAUAUACGGUCUAUGGUCCAGACCAAGAGGCUGAAGUAUAGACCACAGACCAGACCAUAGACUAUACGGUCCGGUCCAGCUCAUUCACACACCAAAUAUUAUGGGCUACCAUAUUAGAUCGAGAGCAUAUCCAUUUUGUCAUUAUGAGUAGGGCUGGGAAACGGUGCGGUCUGGUCCAGACCAGACCAUAAUACGGUCUAUGGUCCAGACCAAGAGACUGAAGUAUAGACCACAGACCAGACCAUAGACUAUACGGUCCGGUCCAGACCACGGAUGUGCGGUCUGGUCUGGUCCAGAUAGACCACACUCAACGAAAAAUGAAUAAUUUGUUUAGUCUACCACACAAAAAUUGAACCAAUACCAAGAGAAAUAACUGUUAUUUGCCUUAAAACAUUAAUUCUAACAUGCAUGAAUAAUUUUGAUACCCUAAAUCUUAGUACAUAACAAAGAUACAAAGUAAAAGCAUCCCACCUUGCACCAUAACGUCAUAAACAUUAACAUAAUGCCAUAUGGAGACACAAUUAUCUCUACUCUCUGGUUAAAUGUGGUUGUGAAUGAAGGAGGGACGUGAUUCACAAAACUAAGGUUGAUACUUGGGUGUCGUUGUGGGAGUUGGGAGAGUGGUCGAAUGAGCUGUUAACACGUAUUGACAAGUUGGUUGGGUCCACGGUUUAGUCCGGUAAACCGCGGUCUAGACCAGACCAGACCAAAAGAUCAAAACAUAAAAUAAUACAGACCGUGGACCAGACCAGACCAUACUUAACGGUCUACGGUCCGGACCAAACUGUGCGGUACGGUUUGGACCACAGUUUUUCUAACGGUAUGGUCUAUUUUCCCAGCCCUAAUUAUGAGUGGCAACACUUAAGAUUAAGUUGGGUCAUUCUGGAAUGUUUGUCAUGAUAAAUUGCUUCAAUUAGUUGCAAGUAAAUGACAUAUUAAACACUUAAUACUAUGAACUUGAUAAACGAUUCGGGAGCAGACGAAUUCAAAUAAGAUCAUUUAGUGUGGCAUUAGUUAUUACAAGUUAAGUUAUGUUCUAUUACAAUCAAUAUGAGUUGAUGCAUAUUCAAUCACGUAAUGCUUCAACAUGUAUCAAAUUAAACACUUGUUUUCAAUCACGUAAUGCUUCAACAUGUAUCAAAUUAAACACUUGUUUUCUCGUAUGAGGAUCAACUUAUGAUCUUUGAACUGGACCAAAGAAAAUUAGUUUGGGUUCUACCAAAAACACCAAUGGAAGAAGAUACCACAUGGCCUACCCCUUCCCUAAAAGCACAUUUCUACAUUAGACCAUGAACCACCAAAGGAUCAUCCUUUCCACAAAGGCAUGAAAGCUCCAUACCACAACAAGAAGACAUAAGAAAUUCAUUAUCUCUUCAUUAAAGAGAGUUGAGUUGGGGGAGUUGAAAUCUCAUUAUUGAAAGAUCUUCUGAAGAGAAGAUAGUAUAUUAUUGUCAUGAGUUAGCACAUCAAAUAAUGGGGAUAUUAAUGCAAUCAGCUCAAAUUUUGUGUGUUAGCGAUGAGCAUUUAAAUUGAGUUGUCUGAUGUGUAGACAUAACUCACUCCUAAGUUUUCUGCUGAUAGAAAAGUCGGUUGAAUUUAAUUGAUUAUUAAAAGUAUUAGGUUCUAAUACAAAACUCCUUUUAUAGGGUCGUGUGCAUGUUAUACCUGCAUGAUUGAAUAUGAUAAAUACAUUUUAUACUAUGAAUUUAAUCUCAUUGACUCCCUGAAUAAAAAACGAGUUAGUGCCAAUUGUUUUUGUAUCACUAUCACGAGCGUCAUCCCUGAGAUGUCAACCUGAGGACUCUAGGCUGAAUAUUAGCUGCACGACCAAUCGACUACAACCUCGUUCGUAAUAGUAUAAAAUGAUUUAACCAUG